AUGUCUAACUCGAAGUUAAUCUUUGACGCCGUUCAUGAUUAUAAUGCCUCUAUUGACCCCAAGCCAAAGCAGAUAGAGGCUUUUGAAUAUUUUCUUGCUGGCAAGGAUGUUAUUGUGAAUCUACCGGUUGGGUAUGGUAAAAGUUUGGUAUACCAUGUGUUGCCAAAGCUUGUACAGAGAGCUACGCCCGAUUUGGAGAAGCUAGUGAUCCUCACAAUAUCUCCACUGAAUAUCAUACAGACAGAACAAAUUGAUGUUCUUAAACGGCAUAACAUAAGUGCAUGUAGUCUACCUUAUUUGGAUAACGAAGAAUCUUUGGAUUCUGAUUUGAACCACUCAAUUGUCAGUGGUGAUUUUGCUGUGGUAUUUGCCCAUCCAGAGGCAUUGUUGAAUACUUCCAAAGGAUAG